AGCAAGGAGGAGGGGGUUUCAGGCUAAGGAGUUUUCCAGCGAAGGAAAGGUUGCAUACUUUCUCCGGCGGACGGUGGGCGGUGGACGGCGGUGGACGGCGGUGGAGAGAUAAUAAUGUCUAUUCGACGAUUUCAUUCCAACUCUUAUUCGGUGGCAGCACUCUCAUCGAGCUUCUCAACUGCUCUUCCAAGGCGUUGCAGAUGUCGUGGCCUAUUCUCGCCAAUGAAUGCUACCACUUCCAUUAGUCUAGUAUCUUCCUCUUAUUCUGUUUCCCUGAGAAGUAGUAUCGUCUUCUCUCUUUCCCCCGUCCGUCGAAUCUCGUCUCAGUCUUCGGAGCCAUGCACUGAAGUUCCUACAGAAUCACAUCGUGAACUGCAGGGCCCUCUAAAACCUGGAUUAUAUAUAGUUGGAACUCCAAUUGGGAAUCUUGAAGAUAUUACGUUAAGAGCUCUGCGUGUUUUGAGAUCAGCAAAUGUCAUAUUGUCUGAAGAUACUAGGCAUUCAGGGAAGCUGCUCAAACAUUAUGACGUCAAAACUCCUCUACUAAGCUAUCACAAGUUCAACGAAUCUCAACGUGAACAGGAAGUUUUGAGUAGAUUACGGCAGGGUGAAGUUAUUGCACAAAUUAGUGAUGCUGGAACACCAGGCAUCAGCGAUCCAGGGAUGGGACUGGUAAAAUCUUGCGUGAAUGAAAAUAUUCCAGUUAUUCCAAUUCCUGGACCUUCUGCUUUGAUAACUGCUAUUUCUGCCUCUGGUUUGACAACAGACGAAUUUAAGUUUGUUGGGUUUCUGCCCAAACAUGCUAGUUCAAGAAGAGAGAGACUGAUGAAUUCUUCAAAUGAGGGGGUCACACAGAUAUUCUUCAUUCCACCACAUAAGCUUCUCCAAUUUAUUGAAGAGGCUUCUCCCCUUUUUGGUAGCCAGAGACAAUGUGUGAUAGCUCGAGAGUUAACGAAAAUACAUGAGGAGUUUUGGCGUGGAACCUUGGAAGAGGCAAAUAAAUCUUUUUCAACUCGCCAACCCAAGGGAGAAAUCACAUUAUUGAUUGAAGGGAAGACAGAAUGUGGGAUUGAAACUCCUUCAGAGGCCCAACUCGAGAAUAAAUUGAGAGAGCUGAUCUCCCAAGGGCAUAGUCUUUCCACGGCUGUUAAGUUAGUGGCUGGAUGCACGCCCAUGAGAAGAAGUGAUGUGUAUUCAUUUGCAAUAAAGAAAUUUGCAAAGCGAGCUGAUCUUGACGAAAUCUCGAGCAGACCAUAGGUUGUGUUGUAUUGCAUGAUCUGGCCAGGCAUUAUAGGUGGAUCUGCUAGCACAAGCAGAGUAUAGUGAGGUUAGUCACUUGUAAGGUAAAGAAGUUUCUGUAAUAUCAUGAGGAUACAUACAUACAUACAUGUUUAUGGUGAUGAUUCAUAGCUUUAUGUGAGCCCCACUACUUCUUAAACUUUAAAAAAAAAAAUGGUUUAAUUUGUUUCUCUUC